AUGAGUAGGAAGCAGUAUACUUCUGAGGAUAUUUAUUAUGUUCGGGCCACUAAACGUAUUCCUGGAGCAACUGGCGAAACUGGCGUUCCUGGAAAACCAGGCGAACCAGGACCCCCUGGUAUGAGUGGAACACGUGGACAAAAGGGUUUGCCGGGGAAAAAAGGCGAACUGGGUCCAGUAGGACCAAAAGGACCUGAAGGAUAUCCUGGAGCGCCUGGACAAAGGGGACAAGAUGGUGAAGCAGGCCCUCAGGGUUCACCUGGUACGCCAGGAGUUCCAGGGCAGAGUGGAUCACCGGGUGCGGCAGGCCGUCCAGGCCCACCCGGUGAAGAUGCGCAGUACUGCUCUUGCCCGCCGCGCACAACAGGCAUUAACAGAUCGUCAUACGGACACAGUUUGGAAACCGAAAGCUACCAACAAUCGCCUGCUUUGCAACAAACAGAAUCGCCCAGUUAUGAACCAGGUGGUGCGUAUAACAAGAGAAGCAAAAAAGCAUGA